GCUUUAGAAAUUGUUCAGCAACAUCCCCGCUGGCAGCUCGCCCCCCGCGCGCCCUCCUCGACCUCGUCGCCGACGCCACGAUGCCGGAGGACGUCGAGAUGAAUGACUCCCAGGCCCCGCCCGCCGCCGCCGUUAGCGACGCCCCGGCGCCCGCGCAGUCCACUCUCCACCAUCUGAAGGAGAUCGCGUCGGUGAUCGAGGCCGGGUCGCUGAGCAAGGAGGUCCGCCGGAUCUCACGCGCCGUCCGCCUGACCAUCGCCCUACGCCGCCGCCUCGCCGCCCGCGACGUUGCCGCCUUCCUGGCCUUCGCGCUGCCUCCUUCCUCGGAGGCCUUCGCCCGCCUGUCCGCCCUCGUGCCCAAGGAAGAUGGGAGUGAAAUGGAUGUUGAUACGGCAGCUCCAACAGCUCAAGUUUCAAUCAAGCAUGGUCUUCCUGAGAUUGAAAUUUAUUGUUACCUGCUUGUGGUUAUUUUCCUUAUUGAUAAUAAGAAAUAUGAUGAGGCUAAAACAUGUGCCUCCGCAAGCAUUGCUCGUCUGAAGAGUCUUAACAGGAGAACAGUUGAUGUUUUAGCUUCUAGGCUGUACUCCUAUUACUCAUAUGUCCAUGAGCUUACCAACACCCUUGCUGAGAUUCGUGGGACUCUCCUGGCAUUGCACAGAAUGGCGACUUUACACCAUGAUGAGCUUGGUCAGGAAACUCUUCUCAAUCUGCUUCUUCGCAAUUACCUGCACUACAAUUUGUAUGACCAGGCAGAAAAGCUAAGGUCAAAGGCGCCUCGUUUUGAAGCACAUUCCAAUCAACAGUUCUGCCGGUAUCUCUUUUACUUGGGCAAAAUAAGGACAAUUCAGUUGGAGUACACUGAUGCUAAAGAAAGCCUCUUGCAAGCUGCUAGAAAGGCACCCACUGCAGCUCGAGGAUUUCAGAUCCAGUGCAACAAAUGGGCUAUUAUUGUAAGGCUGCUCUUAGGAGAGAUUCCAGAGAGAACUGUUUUCAUGCAGAAAGGAAUGAAAGCUGCUUUGACACCCUAUUUUGAGCUUACAAAUGCUGUCCGAGUUGGUGACCUAGAGCUAUUCAGAUCUGUGGCAGAUAAAUUUUCAAGCACUUUCAGUGCAGAUAGGACCCGGAAUUUGAUUGUGAGGCUGCGCCACAAUGUUAUCCGGACUGGAUUGCGUAACAUCAGCAUCUCAUACUCGAAGAUUUCCCUUGCUGAUAUUGCCAAGAAGCUGAGGUUGGACUCUGAGAAUCCUGUCGCUGAUGCUGAAAGCAUUGUAGCCAAGGCCAUCAGGGAUGGGGCAAUUGAUGCCACCAUUGAUCAUGCCAACGGCUGUAUGGUGUCGAAGGAGACUGGUGAUGUCUACUCAACUAAUGAGCCACAGAUAGCUUUCAACUCAAGGAUCGCAUUUUGCCUGAACAUGCAUAACGAGGGGGUCAAGGCGCUAAGAUUCCCUCCGAACUCUCACAAGGAAAAGGAGAGUGCUGAGAAGAGGCGUGAGAGGCUCCAGCAGGAGGAAGAACUGGCAAAACAUAUGGCCGAGGAAGAUGAUGAUGAUUUCUAGACUGGUGCAAAUCCUUUCAGUUGCUGCUUCAUGGUUUCGUUUUUAGAGCAAACGACUAAUUUAAUUGAUUAAAGCUGCACAAGAACUCUUGCCCCCCGGUUGUAUUUGGAAUGGCGUUUCGAAUUUAGAAUUCUUUAUUGUGAUGUUACAAUUUUUAUAUACAUGACUUAGAAAACACAACAUUUUUUCC